CUCUCGCGUUGUAUGGGAUAAAUAAGUCGAAGUUGUUUUUGUUCUUUCCUAUUCUCUAUUGUAUUGCAAUCUCUUUGCAAUUAUAAGAUUUAAAUUUAUAUUUUCAUCGCAAAUUAAAAAGAACAAUAUAUUUGAUAUCAAGCGCGAUCUCGUGAAUCUACGUAGUGCCAAAAUUUUUUGGGUGAAUAAAACUGCAGUGACUUUGACAAAUAUAUUUAAUUAAAAGAUCUUGUUAUGCCGGUGGAGUUGGAAUCGAUGGCGCCUAUCGCUCAUAAAACCAUCUCUCAUAGCGGAGAGAAGAUGAAUAAGCUGUGUCGUCAACUCUCGAUCGAGAGCCCGAGUGUGACCGGUCGGGAAUGCGUCUUCAGCUUCGAUGUGCCCGUACCGGAUGUUCCGGCACACGGUGCCCGCAUCCGGGUGAUGUGCGCCGGUGCAUGUUACCAUCCCCGACGAUCGUCAAGUCUGACCAGUUUGACCUCGGUCUCGAGCGGCAGCAGCCUGGCCGCUGACAUGUCAAUGGAAAGCGACUACCCGGUGUCCCUGCCGCAUCAUGGGGUGCGCGAUGCUGCCCUGUUCCCCGGCUAUGAAGUAGCCGGCGUGAUCGAGUCGUUCGGCACUGAAGUGCCCGAGGAUUGCGGACUCGCCGAGGGCGACCGCGUUAUUCUUUAUCCCUACGAGGGCAUUCCCAACGGCUACGUCGAAUACCUGGUGGUGUACGAUCUCAAGUACCUGAUUAAGAUCCCGGAUAAUAUGUCGCUGAGCGUUGCAGCUAUGCUACCAGCUGGUGCGCUCCUCGCUAUGAACACCGUCUUCGCUGCGCACGAACACGUGCAGGCAUUAUUGAAGGAGAGAGGAGAGAAGAGUGUGUGCAAGAUUCUAGUAGUUGGUACGGGUGGUCUUGCUUUGUGGGCCCUCAGAAUUGCGUCGUAUCACUUCAGCAACAUGAGAGACAGAGUCACUACCACGGUAGCCACUCUUAAAGAUGACGGUCUCCUCAUAGCUCAAGAAUUCCAACGAAGUAGUCGGCAUAUCGAUUACAGGGUAAACGUAGUACAGUGGAAUGAAGAUCUGUACGAAAAACAGCUGAUCGAGCGCACGAUGGAUGCUUGCGGCGGUCAGGUGGACGUGGUGAUUGAUUUUGGCACAACGUCGCGUAAUCUUCAUCGUAGUAUGCAAUGCCUCAGCAAAGGCGGCGUAGUAUUCGUGAUCAAGGAGGUCGCCGAUCGGCUGUUACCCAAGUUCAGUCGACGAGCCGAAGAGCGACAACAGUCCAUCAAACCAGUAGAAUUGGGCACGCUAGAGCAAUUGCGCGAGCUCGUGCAACUGGUCGCUUCCGGCGAGAUCGAACCGCCACCGCACACCGUCUAUCCCGCCGAGGAAGCCAUCGAUGUCGUACAAAAGCUUUGCCACUCGGAGAUCCAAGGCCGUGCGAUUCUUCGCUUCUAUCCCGCAGAUUAGAGGACUUUCCGCUAAGAGAUUCUCCGCAAUCGCGCGGAUUAGGAGAUAGAUUCAAUGACGACGACAGAAGAGUCAAGAUGCCGGCCCCGGGUGAUAAGAAUUGUAUGGUAUUAGUAUGAUUGAAGUCUGUGCGUUUAACUUGACAAGUUGGACUAUCGUGAAGAAAUAAUUAUUAUUUCGUAUUGAUGGCCGGAGUUUAGAUUAAGCGUUGACAAAAUGCGUACGUCCAUGCGAGACGAUAGUUCGCAAAUAUAAGAAUAGGGAAGGUCUUCACUGAUUGUGAGUGAAAGCGCAAGUCGAUGCGUUAAUUCGAGAUUCUACCGUAGAUCUCACAGGAGUCACGCAAGAGUUUAUAGUACAUCUUAUUACGUAUGAGAGUUGAAAAAUGAUCUCCCGGUUUAUGGUUGAUUAAACAUUGAACCAUUAUCAUUAACUCGAUAAAUUAUCAUUUUAUAUUAAUAAUGACACGACAUAACACGCGACUUAUUUUUGACCUUGUCGAGUAUUUCGCGUGUCGUUCUUUUUAAAGUUGCUAUCAUCUUUAAAAAAUACAGAUCUCAUCAUAUAAUGUGUGAACCAAAGAGUCUUUCUCAGAGAAAUUUAUUGAUGAAUGAUGAAAUGAAGCAGAAUACAGCUUUCGCUUAUCAUUUAAAUUGAUGCUUGAUUAACGUCUUUUUUAAGCAACGAGUAAUUAGCUCUUAUAGGUAGGCCAAGAUUACGCAUGAGUCAAGCCGAGAUAACAAUUCACAUAAAAAUAUGAAAAAACAGUAUGAAAUCACCGACGACAAGAAAAGAGCAUCAUUACCGAAGAAAUAAUACUUUCUAUGUCUUAUUAAUGAGUCUCUGAUUGAAUAUUUGUUGUCUAACGUUUUUUUGCGCAAAAUCAAGGAUGACAUUAUGAUUUACGUGUGUCGAGCACUUUAAUGAAGUGUGCGAGUAAACAAAAAAUCUAUCAUUACGGAUUUUUAAGCAAAAAUUAUUAAACACGGAAACAAAGCAAUGCACUCGGAAACAAAGCAAUGCGCUCGAUGUGUGUUUGUUCAAUAUGCAUAUAAAACUUCGGCAUUAUGCCAAAAAUCUUUGAGUUUGAAUAACACGCACGAUAAACUGAUUUCAUUUCCAUCGAUGUGUAUUGAAACUUUUAUGAGUUUCUUUGUAAGUACCGGCACUUGCAAAGAAUCAUAUUAUAGCUAAUAUGAGUAUUUAAAGUCGUUCAUGCCUAGAAAUAAUGAUAGAAGAGUCACAGAAUUAGGAUGACUUUAAAUAAUCAUAUUAACUAUACUAUUCUAAUAUUUACAUUAGCUAUAAUUGUGGCUAUUUAAAACCGCUAAUAUAUCUAUAAAAAUGUCAACAGCAUCAGAAGGAUUGAAGCGAAUAUUUUUUCUUGAAACAAAACGAAUGUUAGAAAGUUUUUUUAUAUAAAAUGCUUUUCAUUGGUAUCACUGCUCCGUGUGCGUUAAAGAAGAUAUAUAUUUCUCGCAUUAGAGUGUGUAAUUUCAAAAGAAAUUUAAAUAAUUCUAAAUCUUUGUUUACAUUAAAUGUAUACCAUAUCAUUAAACAGCUUUGUUGUAUUCUAUAUAUGAACGCAAUAAAAGGAUUAGUUUAUAUGUAUAUGUUAAUAUAUAAAUUUGAUGUAAACAAGGAAUUUUUAAUUUAGGUAACAAUUUAACGAUUUAAUUAUUCAAUAAGACCGCGAACUAGCGAUUUUUAUGCUCGAAUGCAUCAUUUAUUUUAAGCGGUAAUCUUUAUAUUAGCCGGCAUUUGGUAAUAUUUUUUUAAUUAUUGUCUAACAUCGUGCUUCUUACAAUUAUUUGAAAUAUAUAGAGUUACUACUUUAUAAUUGUUACAAAAGAUGUUUUUUGAUAAUUAAACAACGCAUCGACGAACACCGCUAAUGUAGUAAAAAAAUCAAGUCCCAAAUAAGUUCGAUAUUUAUGAGCACAUUUCAAUACAUACUGCAGUGAUAUCAUAACACAAGAUCAAACAUAUGUGUAUAGCGUUAAUUCAGAAAUAAUAAUCGGGGAUAUCUGUAUAAGCUUAGAAUAAGUUUUCCGUUAAGAUAAAAACAAAAUACUUUCUCUGCUGUAAAGUGAAAUGUCACUGUAAUAAGAUAUAAUCCUAAAAUGACAUAAAACUUGGUAAAUAAACGUAUCUAAAGCUAAGAACGUGAGAGAUAAGACACGAAACUGUUUCGUAAGAUGUGAGAAUAUAACAGAAAUUAAAUAAUUGUUUCGUAAAAUCUCGUAUCUAGACUUUAUUCCGAUUCUAAACUAUAGACAUUAUUAAAAUAAACUUCUUCAUAAUAUAUCUUUUAAUGAGUGCACUUCUUCAGGUAUUGCUAGCCUUAAAAACUAGAAUUUUUUUUAUACGUGCUCAUGCAAGUUAGUGAAUUAAAUAAUAUUGGCGGUAUGUUUAAUUAUGCGCAAGUAUGUUUUCUAAAUCGACUGAAUAAAAGCAAGUUAAUUAUUUUAAUACAUUAUCUUUAACUAUAUGUGAUUUUUCUAUUUAAUCUUUUCUUACAAGAUCUUUCUAAAUGCGUGCUAAAUGAUUAUAACAUAUAUGGUUAAUGCGUUAUUUUAUGUUACUGUGGAAAUAUUUGCAUAAAAAUUAUAUUAUUUCAUUAAGAUUAUACCUGAUACAUACUAAGAUCGUAUUUAAAUUAUAGUUGCGGAAGAGUUAUAUGCAAGAGUGCAUAUUGCAUUCCGAGGACAAAGAAAAUUUGCGAUGUUAAAUGGUGAAUGAUUCUAUACUAAUCCAGAUCUUACUGUCACAUCUACCGAUAGUCGUGUUUUGCUAAAACUAAAGCACGAAAUUGCAGAGCUUUAUUAUUAACCGACAUAAGAGCAUAAUAAAAGUUUGUAUCUAAUUCAACAUUUACUCGCGUGAAAUAAGAUCAAUUUCAGUGAUCUUAUCUCACGCGAAUUAAAUAUAUAGUCGCAUCCGAAAUAUCUCGUUAAUCGUUAGAUUAAUAUUCGCUUUUCGUUUAGUAUAAGUAAAUUCAUUCGCGUUAAUUUGCGCGAGCGCGAACAAUGAUAGCAAUGCAGUUGCAAAGUCGUUGCAUCUCAAAAGACUGUUUUGUUUAUUUCGAACGUAUCUUCCCUUAUUUUGUAUCGUAUAUGUUUAGGCGACAGUUUAAUAUCAUAGUACACGUAUCCCGUGUUACAUUAUUGUAUCUACUGUUGAUUGUAAAUGCAUUAUAUUAUAGUAAUAAUAUAGUCAAUAUAUAUUAUCUUUUCUUUUUUAAAUAA